AUGAGGCCAAACGCUUCAUCGGGGCUCCUCAGUGCCUUUCAGGCACUAAGGAUAGGGCCUGCGACACCACUCCGAGCUUCCCUCCCCCCGACGGCCAUCCUGCGACCCUCGGUACCCGUUGCAUCCACCCUCACUCCCCAACAUGCCAGGCUAUUUUCGGCGACUGCGAUCCAGGCGGGGUCAUGGCUGGAACCCAACCUCCCACGAAAGAAGAAGAUGAUGAAGGGCAGGCCCAGAGUGCCGACGGGCGGGUCAACAAAAGGCACAACAGUGGUUUGGGGCGAUUACGGCUUGCGCAUGUGCGACCACCACCGCAGAAUCAGCGCCAAGCAUCUCAAGAUGGCCGAGGACACCAUCAAGCAGCGGUUGCGUGGCCAGAAAUAUCGGCUGUACAAGAGGGUUGCUUGCAACGUUGGUGUGUUCGUCAGCGGAAACGAGAUGAGAAUGGGUAAAGGAAAGGGUUCGUUCGACCACUGGGCCGCUAGGAUUGCCAUCAACCAGGUCGUUUUCGAGAUCAAGGGAAUCUUGCACGAGCAGGUCAUCCGGGAUGCCUUCCGCCUUGCGGGGAACAAGUUGCCAGGGCAAUAUGAGUUCGUCAAGAAGGGGGAUCCGGCUGUUGUUGGAAUCACAAAGUUGGAUGGUAUCACCCUGGAUGACUUAAGACAGCCAUGGAAGAAGCUCCCUGCAGAGGCAGCUACGCCCACACCACCGACUACGGAAACGUCGCCCUCGGCACCCCCUCCUUCGUAA